ACCCCUUUUUCAGUCAGCAGCUCCAGCAGCAGCAGCAGCAAAUGUACCAGCAACAGCCGGACGUGGUCCAGGGACUGCUGAGCCCCGGACUGAGCAGUUCGGCGGCGGCCGCCAUGGCCCUGGCCACCCGCAAUUCCUGCAAGACGCUGAAAUGCCCAAAGUGCAACUGGCACUACAAGUACCAGGAGACGCUGGAAAUUCACAUGAAGGAGAAGCAUCCGGAGAGCGAGACGUCGUGUCUCUACUGUCUGACUGGCCAGCCUCAUCCGCGGCUGGCCCGCGGCGAAACGUACACGUGCGGAUACAAGCCGUACCGCUGCGAGGUCUGCAACUAUUCGACGACGACCAAAGGCAACCUGAGCAUCCACAUGCAGUCGGACAAGCACUUGAACAACGCCCAGGAAUUGCAUCACAGCAGCAACGGGCAGCAGCAGCAGCAGCCGGGCGGAGGCGGUGGCGGCGGAGGCAACGGACUGGGCAACAAUAGCGCCCACAAUACCAGCGCCGAAUCGCUGACGUCGCCGUCUAAAACGAGUUCCAGCUCGUCGCUGCUCCAUCACCAGAGCCCCAACAUGACGAGCUCCGUCAACAAUCCGGCGGUGGCCAACAGUUUGACAAACAGUCCGGCCACUUCGUCGUCAGUGUCGUCGAGCCAAUUGGCCAAACUGGCGGCGCCGGCCAACAAGCCGACGUUCCGGUGCGACGUGUGCAACUACCAGACGAACGUCGGCCGGAAUUUGCGGAUCCACAUGACGAGC